UUCGCGAGAGAACUGUGCAACGAUCGGAAGUGAUGUCACAUCUGCCCGAGGUUAACAUGGAGGAGUGUGGCAUCUGUUACCAAGACUACGGGCCCGGCAGGAGGCCACGCCCCUUGGCGUCUUGCCGGCACGCUGUGUGCGAGUGUUGUCUUCAGCGGCUGGGAGCUAAGGGCGGGACCAUCGCCUGUCCUUUCUGCCGCGCUCAUUCGCCGUUGCCUAGCGAUGAGGAGGAUGGAGCCAGCGACGUCAGGGAGAAGGGGACAGGUCCACGCGGCUGGCUCAAAAGGCUGUGCAGGAAGUCGCGAGCGUCCUUUCGUCGUCAAGGAUCCCUGACCAAAGAAGACAUCAGAGACAUGGCCCUGAUGAGCUCAUACUUUCUGUGAUCGUUUCCACGAGGGCCACAGUUGAUAUUGCGGGCCACACGCGACUGGCCCUCCUCGGCCUCCCCGUGCCCUGUGGAUGCACCCUCUGAAUAGGC